AUGACUUCCUACAGCUAUCGCCAGUCAUCCACCACCUCGUCCUUCGGGGGCCUGGGCGGUGGCUCUGUACGCUUUGGGGCCGGCGGUGCCUUCCGCGCGCCCAGCAUCCACGGGGGCUCGGGCGGCCGCGGUGUGUCCGUGUCGUCAGCUCGCUUCGUGUCCUCGUCCUCCUCCGGGGGCUACGGCGGCGGUUAUGGCGGUUCCCUGGUCGCGUCCGACGGGCUGCUGGCGGGCAACGAGAAGACCACUAUGCAGAACCUCAACGACCGCCUGGCCUCCUACCUGGACAAAGUGCGCGCCCUGGAGAAGGCCAACGGCGAACUGGAGGUGAAGAUCCGCGACUGGUACCAGAAGCAGGGCCCCGGGCCCUCCCGCGACUACAGCCACUAUUUCAAGACUAUUGAGGACCUGCGGGACAAGAUUCUUGGUGCCACCAUCGAGAACUCCAAGAUUGUCCUGCAGAUUGACAAUGCCCGUCUGGCUGCAGAUGACUUCCGGACCAAAUUCGAGACGGAGCAGGCCCUGCGCAUGAGCGUGGAGGCCGACAUCAACGGCCUGCGCAGGGUGCUGGACGAGCUGACCCUGGCCAGAGCCGACCUGGAGAUGCAGAUCGAGAGCCUGAAGGAGGAGCUGGCCUACCUGAAGAAGAACCACGAGGAGGAAAUCAGUGUCCUGAGGGGCCAGGUGGGUGGCCAGGUCAGUGUGGAGGUGGAUUCUGCACCGGGUGUCGACCUAGCCAAGAUCUUGAGCGACAUGAGGAGCCAAUAUGAGGUCAUGGCUGAGAAGAACCGAAAGGAUGCUGAAGCCUGGUUUACCAGCCGGACUGAGGAGCUGAACCGGGAGGUCGCUGGCCACACGGAGCAGCUCAAGAUCAGCAAGACGGAGGUGACUGACCUGCGGCGGACCCUCCAGGGCCUAGAGAUUGAGCUACAGUCGCAGCUGAGCAUGAAAGCUGCCCUGGAAGGCACGCUGGCAGAAACGGAGGCCCGCUUCGGGACCCAGCUGGCACAGAUCCAGGCUCUGAUCAGCAGCUUCGAGGCCCAGCUGAGUAACGUGCGUGCUGACAUGGAGCGUCAGAAUCAGGAGUACCAGCAGCUGAUGGGCAUCAAGUCGAGGCUGGAACAGGAGAUUUCUACCUACCGCAGCCUGCUCGAGGGCCAGGAUGCCCACUACAAUGACCAACCAUCUGUCAAAGCCCUCUGA